GGCUGGGAAUCACUUAUUGGCCAGUUUAGCUGGACAUCAGGGGCUGGCAUGUCGGGUUGUGCAGCGGGCAGAGGCACGUCAGCGGGCACCGAGUCAUCUGGCACGACAGCGGGCACCGAGUCACCGGGCACGUCAGCGGGCACCGAGCCAUCUAGCAGAACCGCGGGCACAGAGUCACCUGGCAAGUCAGCGGGCACCGAGUCACCGGGCAUGUCAGCGGGCACCGAGCCAUCAAGCAGAACCGCGGGCACAGAGUCACCUGGCAAGUCAGCGGACACCGAGCCAUCUAGCAGAACCGCGGGUACCGGGUCACCAAGCUCGACAGCAGGCACCAAAUUAACUGGCACAACAGUGGGAACUGAAUCAACUGGCACGACAGCGGGCACCAAGUCAUCUGGCUCGACAGCGGGCACCGAGUCAACUGGCACGACAGCGGGCACCGAGUCAUCAGGCAUCAAGUCACCCGGCUCAACAGCGGGCACCGAGUCAACUGGCACGACAGUGGGCACCGAGUCAACUGGCACCGAGUCAACUGUCACGACAGCGGGCACCGAAUCAUCAGGCAUCAAGUCAUCUGGCUCGACAGCGGGCACCGAGUCAACUGGCACCGAGUCAACUGGUACGACAGCGGGCACCAAAUCAUCAGGCAUCAAGUCAUCUGGCUCGACAGCGGGCACCGAGUCAACUGGCACGACAGUGGGCACCGAGUCAACUGGCACCGAGUCAACUGGCAUCAAGUCAUCUGGCUCGACAGCGGGCACCGAGUCAACUGGC